AAAUGAUGAUUGAAUUAAAGUUUUGAAUAUAUUCUAUGAAGUAAAAUACGGGACAAGAGCCUAAUAAAAAAAAUGAUGAUUAGAGAAAAAGGGAGAGGAGGGAAGCCGAAACCUUGGCGCGAGGGAAGGGAAGGGAAUGGAAUCCGAUCCAACCUGCCACCAGAGCAACCAUAUUACUAUAAACAACAUUCUCUCAAAUCUUCAACAGCUUCAAUAUUUUUAUACAUUUUUUUAAUGUCAAAAACAAAAGACAAAAUAACAGAGAAACGGCUUCAAAAAAAAGCGAGACAAAAAGCAAACGCAAAGAACCAAAACUUCUUCUCCCACUCUCUCCCUCUCCCUCUCCCUGUACGCCGCUAUCAGCGCUUCUCUGUACGACACUGUAAAAUCAUCGCCGCUGAAAAACUGACGGGACGGUGUUGCAAAUUCACAGUUCGGCGACAAUGACAGCAUGACGACGUCGUCUCCACCACCGCCUCAGCCUCAGCCUCAGCCUCAGCCUCAGCCCCAGCCCCAGCCCCAGCCGCAGCCGCCGAGGACAGUCCGCAGGCUGAUUGUUGAAGUCGUCGACGCCAGGGACCUCCUCCCCAAGGACGGCCAGGGAAGCUCCAGUCCCUAUGCGAUUGUGGAUUUCGACGGACAGAAGAAGAGGACGUCCACCAAGCACAGGGAUUUGAACCCCGUAUGGAACGAAGCUCUCGAUUUCGUGGUCUCCGAUACCGAGACCAUGGAGUACGAGGAGUUGGAGAUUGAAGUGGUGACUGAUCGGAAAGGGGGUGGAAACGGGAAGAAGAAGCAGUGUCUGGGGAGAGUGAAGCUUUCCGGUACCCAAUUUUCGAGGAGAGGUGAGGAAGGCUUGAUUUACUUCCCCUUGCAGAAGAAGAGCGUGUUCAGUUGGAUAAGGGGUGACAUUGGGCUCAGAAUCUAUUACUAUGACGAACCGAUUGAAGAGGAACAAGGACCGCCUGAACCACCGCUGCAGGAGACGGAGCUGAGGAAAUCUCCGGUGCUUGUCGAGCAAAGGAGGGUUGUGGAGAUCCCAGUGCCGACGGAUAUUGCUGAGGAGGGAUCGCUGUCCCCGCCGGUGGUCACAAUAGAGGAAUCGCCCACACCAAUGGGGGUACAACCGGAGCCGGAAGUGAACCAUGUGCCAGAGGGCGCGGUGUCGCAUACGCCAGAAGUUAUGUAUGCACCGGAAGUGAGGAAGAUGCAGAUCGGAAGAGUAGGUGGAGGUGAGAGAGCUAGAUUCUUGAGAAAGCCGAACGGAGAGUAUUCUCCGAGAGUUAUCGCUGGCAGGUUCACCAGGGAGUUAGAAAGGAAUGCGCCGUACGAUCUCGUGGAACCGAUGCAGUACCUCUUCGUCCGAGUCGUGAAAGCUCGGAAUCUGAGUCCAAAUGUAAUUCCAUACGUGAAAAUCGGAAUCGUCGGAUCAACACAGUUUGUCAGAUCCAAACCGGCGAGUUACAGACCAGGCGAAUCGUCGGAAAAUCCCGAGUGGAACCGUGUGUUUGCCCUCUGCCACAACAGGUCUGAAUCGGCGAGCAGCACGUUAGAGAUCUCCGUAUGGGACGCGCCGACGGAAAACUUCCUCGGUGGCGUGUGCUUCAAUCCCUCCGAACUCCCGGUUCGCGAUCCACCGGACAGUCCUUUGGCGCCGCUGUGGUACCGCCUCGAAGGCACCGACGAUCAGCACCCCGGCGGGAUGCCCGGCGACAUACAGCUCUCCGUCUGGAUCGGAACUCAAGCCGACGAUGCAUUUCCGGAAUCAUGGAGCUCGGACGCACCGUACAUCGCUCACACACGCCCAAAGGUGUACCAGUCCCCGAAGCUAUGGUACCUCAGGGUCACCAUUAUCGAAGCACAAGACCUUCUCGUUCCGGCAAAUUCACCAUUGGACGUUCGCGUCAAAGCACAGCUAGGAUUUCAGUCCCGGCGAACCAGACGCGGCUCGAUGAGGAACCUUGCAAAGUCGUUCCACUGGUUCGAAGACUUCAUCUUCGUCGCUGGCGAACCGCUGGAGGACCAGCUCAUCAUCAUAGUGGAGGAACGCACGGGCAAAGACCCGGUGCUUCUGGGCCACAUCGUGGUGCCCCUGGCGUCGAUUGAUCAGCGGUUCGACGAGCGCCACGUGGCAUCCAAAUGGUUUGGACUGGAGGGAGGCGGGCCUGGACCCGGUGGGUCCUAUUGUGGGCGAGUCCAUCUACGUCUUUGCUUGGAGGGUGGGUACCACGUGCUCGACGAGGCUGCGCACGUGUGCAGCGACCAUCGGCCGACGGCGAAGCAGCUGUGGAAACCACCGAUCGGAAUCUUGGAAUUGGGCAUCCUCGGCGCCCGCGGCCUUCUCCCGAUGAAAACCAAAGGCGGAGGCAAAGGCUCCACCGACGCGUACUGUGUCGCCAAGUAUGGAAAAAAGUGGGUGCGCACCAAGACCAUCGCAGACAGUUUUGAUCCACGCUGGAACGAGCAGUACACGUGGCAGGUUUACGACCCCUGCACCGUGCUGACCAUUGGUGUGUUCGACAACUGGCGCAUCUUUUCUGAGGUGUCAGAGGAGCGACCCGAUUACCGUAUUGGAAAAGUACGAAUACGUAUAUCUACGCUAGAGAGCAACAAGGUGUAUACAAAUUCGUAUCCGUUGCUGGUUCUACUGCGGACCGGGUUGAGGAAAAUGGGUGAAAUUGAGUUGGCGGUUCGGUUCGCUUGUCCGUCAUUUUUGCCCGAAACAUGUGCGAUUUACGGCGAACCGUUGCUUCCUCGGAUGCACUAUCUCCGCCCGCUCGGGGUUGCACAGCAGGAGGCUUUGAGGGCGGCCGCCACCAAACUGGUGGCGGCAUGGCUUGCGCGGUCUGAACCGCCGCUCGGAGCGGAAGUGGUUCGGUACAUGUUAGAUGCAGACUCGCACACGUGGAGCAUGCGAAAGAGCAAGGUAAAUUGGUUCCGAAUCGUUGCCGUUCUCGGUUGGGCAGUCGGGUUGGCAAAAUGGAUGGACGGGAUCCGAAGAUGGAAAAACCCGAUUACGACGGUUUUGGUCCAUGUACUGUACUUGGUCCUGGUUUGGUACCCGGACUUGAUUGUCCCAACUGGGUUCUUAUACGUUAUCUUGAUCGGAAUCUGGUACUACCGAUUCAGGCCCAAAAUACCGGCGGGCAUGGAUCACCGACUCUCGCAGGCCGAAACGGUCGAUCCGGACGAGCUAGACGAGGAGUUCGAUACAAUUCCGAGCUCGAAACCUCCAGACAUAAUUCGGGUCAGGUACGACCGGUUGCGGAUACUGGCGGGGCGGGUCCAAACAGUGUUGGGCGAUUUGGCAACCCAAGGAGAGCGGGUGCAGGCACUGGUGAGUUGGAGGGACCCACGGGCCACGAGACUUUUCAUAGCGAUGUGUUUCGUGGUGACUGUAGUGCUCUACUCGGUGCCGCCGAAGAUGGUAGCGGUAGCUCUGGGAUUCUACUUCCUGCGGCACCCGAUGUUCAGGGACCCGAUGCCGGCGGCGAGCCUGAACUUUUUCCGGCGGCUUCCGAGCUUGUCUGAUCGGUUAAUGUAGUAGAUUAGGAAAUGCAGCAGAGGAAGUAGAAGAAAUUAUAACCGAGGGGGUUGAGACACCAAUGGUGGGCCGGGCGAGUGCAACGAAUUAAGAAAGGGACUGUUGGUGGGUUGAAAAAGGGGGCAAAAUAACAUUGGGAGGAGGGAAAAAGGGGUUGCAACUUGGGAGACGGAGAGAGAGGAGUUUGUUUAAUUUUUUUGAAAUGAUUGACUGACUGUUUGGAGACUGGGAAAUAAGAAAGGGCAGCGAGUGGUGGGGGCAGAGCCGCAGAGACAGUUUGGAGAGUGGAAAAUGGAGGAGUGCAGUGUGAACAGGGGUUUUGGAUUACAGGGAUUUUGCUGUAAUGGUGCCUGUAAAAAGCAUGACAUUGAAUUGCCCAUUAAAGUUCUUGAAAGGAAAAAACAAAACUGAGUUGUUUUCUAUAUAUGUAUGGGACUGCAAAAAAUAUUUCCCACCUGAUUGUUUAUAUGUUCUUGGUAUUUAAAUUUUCAAAUUUCAAACCUAGCCCGCAUUAUGUCAUAAAGUUACCUAAUUUUUUU